ACUCUACAAUAGUACAGAUUACAGCCAUACAAACUACAAGUGUGUAACAACUAUGAUGCAAUCGUACUAAUCGUAUCCAAAGGCUAAACUCUGAUGAACCCCAUUGCAAUUACCAGCUGCAGUAGCGGACAUUAUUGACUUAUUGAGUGAUUUCAAAUUUUGCUUUACGAAACUUCAGACCACCUGCUGCGGUGGCGGUCCGAAGUAUUUCAUAUUGUUAUUCACCCGUUCCCGUGUCCUCGACUUCCUGGACAGCGAUGUCUUUGAUUUAGGUCAAAUCUGUUGAUGUCCCGCAGAUGGAAAACAAACUAUUAGCCGACUACGAACAGCAGUUUGGUGUGACCAGUGCUGAGAUCACAUCGAAAAUCAGCAGACUUGGCCAUAUAGCGAGCAACGAUAGAAAUGACUACAUCAAAGAAAUCGAACGAAACCUCGACGAGGUACAUGAUUUGUUGGAACAAAUGGACCUGUCGGUCAAAGAAUCUGAUGUGUCUGUACGGGCCAAACUGCACAAUCGAGUAGCUAGUUACAGGGCUGAACUGCACAGAUUAGCCAAGGAGUUUGCCCGAGCAAAAUGUACGGUCAACAUUGAUUUAGAAGAUGAUAAUCAUUUUGCUGAAAGUGAAGAUGUGACUUCAGAACAAAAACAGAGGCUACUGUAUACGUCUGAACGUCUAAACCAAUCAGGAAUACAAUUGGAUAAUACUUAUCGUAUUGCCGUUGAAACUGAAGAAAUCGGUUCACAAAUACUGACAGAUUUAAAUCGCCAACGAGAAACUAUGCAUAACUCUUUUAAUAGGCUCAGAGAUGCAAAUGCAGACCUUGGUAGAAGCACCCGAAUGAUAAAUGCCAUAAUUGUUCGUUCCAGACAACACAAAAUCAUACUCUUUGGUGUUAUGGCAGCGUUUUGUUUUCUCUUGAUCUUUGCAUUUUACCAUACAUUCCUUUAAAUAUACAUUCCUAUUUCACGGGUUAACUUGUUUUAGUUUUGUUAUUGCCUUUUUUAAUUUAAAAUAUAAUUGUUAUUAUUUAUAUUUGAAAUAAUUUUAACAGUCAUUUCUGAACAACUAUCUUUAUAAACGUAAAAUAUUUAAAUACUGUCAUAACAAAUAAAAAUGUGUAUUUAUAAUUCUAUAGAUUUCUAACGAUAACAUCAUAUAACUAAGAGUAUGCAACGCCCGUGGGUUAUCUCUGUCUUAUAAUCAUACAGCAUACAAAAUUUUAGUUUCACAAUAAUUCAUUUUACUCUGUUAUAUCCAAAAUUAGGUGAAUUGAUAAAUAUCUUACAAUUUAAAAGUAAACUACUAUCUAAGCCUUCUUGUAAAUUUUAAAAUUACAACAGUUUUGAAAUGCUUACAACUUGCUUUUUAAUUAAGAUAUCAGUAAAAGCCUUCGAGAUGCCUCGUAUAAUAAUUUUACUUUUAAAUUUUAUAUUAAGCCAAUUCACUCUAAUUUUAAAAAUAACAGAAAAUUUGUUAUGUUGUACAUUUGUAAGACGGAGACAACACUUGUGGGUGUGAGAUCCUCUUAUGUCAAUUCAUAUUAAAUUUAUUUAUGUGCUUAUAAACAAAUUAUGUAUUAUUUUUGUCCGCCUUGUUAAAAUUAAUUAUACUGAAUUAUUUAAUAUCA